AUGUUCGCUCUCACUGCUGCCGCUGCCACCCUCGGCCUUGCGUCCACCGCCGCCGCCGGCCCCUUCCGUCGCUCGCCGACGCUCUCCAUUGACGUCUCCGCCCCGGAGAGCGUCAAGUCGCUCAACGACCUCAGCGUCGUUGCGACGGUCACCAACACCGGCAGCGAGGCCGUCAAGGUGCUCAAGGCGGGCUCCGUUCUCGACGACAAGCUCCCGACGCGCUCCUUCUUCGUCAAGAAGGGCGACUCGAAGGUCGACUUCUCGGGUGUGAAGGUCACGCUUGCGAUGGACAAGCUCGGCGAGGACAACUACGUGACGAUACAGCCCGGCUCGUCCGUGAACGCCACCCACGACUUGUCUUCGCUCUACAACUUCGAGGGCGCUGGCGAGGGUGACUUCAGCAUCGAGCCCGUGACGUGGUUCCAGGUGCCGGACAUCGCCGCGAACAAGGUCAAGUCGAUCGGCGACUUCUCCAAGGUCGAGGUGCAGUCCAACAGCGCCAAGGUCUCCAUCAGCGGCGACAUCGCCCGCCGCGAGCUCAAGCUGAACAAGCGCGCCAAGGACACGUGCGAUGACAGCACUAAGAAGGACUUCAUCGACUCUGCCUACAAGGAGGGCAAGGACCUCGCGAAGAUCGCGUCUGACUACGUCAGCUCCAACAGCGACUCGGAGGUCUUCACCGACUACUUCGGCGACAACUCCGCCUCCGACGUCGGCGACGUCUUCGACGCCGUCGCGAACGAGGACGACGACUCGCGCACGCUCAACUGCAGCGACGAGGCGAACGCGUGCGAGCAGGGCGUUAUCGCGUACACGAUCAUCUCGACGACGAACGUCUACUUCUGCGACAUCUUCUACGAUGAGGUCGAGACGGAGCAGCUCUGCUCGGGCACGACCGUCGACGAGCGCAACAUCCGCGGCGGCACCGUCCUCCACGAGCUCACGCACGCCCUGAAGGGCACGGAGGACGUCGGCUACGGCUGCCAGGAGAACCAGCAGCUCUCUGACUCCGAGAAGAUCUCGAACGCUGACAACUUCAACUGCUUCUCGACCCAGGUCUACUCUGACACCCAGUGCUAA